UGAAGAUUGCUCAAGGUUCAGUACCAAGUUGAUUCAAGUGAUUGUUUACUCCUUUAUUUAAUAACGCAUCCGUCAUGCGGGGGGACAAACCGGUGAGGUUCAAAACUUGCCCUAGUCGUGAUGGCAGGAGGCUACUCUGACACCCUCUUCUUUUUCUUUAAAUUCCUCCUCCGCAUCCUUUCCUUCCACUCGCGACGACUCCUCCGAGCCUGAAGGUGGCGCUCGCUCCCCGACAACCUUUCCCCUUCCCGCCCACGUGCUUUCCACUUCCGGGGCCUAGAACAGAGCAAGGGGCGGGGCUUCCGGCCAUUCACAGCGCGCUCCUGAGGGAAACGCCACUCGGGGUUUCUCUUCGGCAGCGUCGGGAGCGGCCUAGUUUUCGGCUGCCUGCCUGCGGCUGCUCCUCCUCCUCCGCCGCGCUCGGUUCUCUUCCGUUCCCCCCCUCUCCUUUUCGCCUUCGCCCCGGGGGAAGCUGCGGCCUCAGGUUCGCGCCCGACGCCUUCGCCGCCAUGAAGCUCGUGAGGUAAAAGGACGAGCGCGUGGCCGGGGAGGGAAGGGGCGGGAAAAAGACGUUGGGCAGACGCGGCUCGGGCCUGGGCGCGGCGUCGGAGCUCGCGCGGCCGGCGUCUCCUCCCAGGCGCCCUUGCGCCCCCCUCUGCUGCUGCUGCUACGCCCCUCCCCCCCCCGCAGCAUCACCUCACGCAACGGCCCCCCUCCCCCGCCACUCUGCCUUUUUCCCGCCUCUGGCCUUUGUCAUAUAGCAGGUGUGGACGGUGGGGUGUUGCUUGCUUUGGUUGUUUUUUAGGGGUGAGGUGCUUAGCCUCCAACAGUAACCCGAUAAACAUAGGGAUGCCCUAUUCCUUUUUUUAAAUAUAUAUAUAUUUUUAGUUUUCAAUUACAGCAACCCAAUAAUAGCCUCAUCAUAACAAUGCCAAAUCAUAAUACAGUGGUACCACUGUAGUAGUAAUAAUAAAUAAAAAACAGUGCACCCUCCCCCUCACACAGAAAAUCUCCCCAUGUUCGCAUGGGCAGUCUGAGGAGAGGAUUUGGGUGACGGCUGAUUGCUAUGGCGCCCUCUGCAUGGGUUGAGCUAUUGCCCCUUCACUCCAGCCUAUCGGCUUAACCUGAGGUACCACUGUAAUAGCCUCAUCAUAACAAUGCCAAAUCAUAAUACAAUUAAUAAUACCAAUCACUGAGAUGGCAAAUUAAACAAUUUAGGUGCCCCCCCACGUGCUGGAAUUAACGGUUUGAUUAUUUUCUUUGUUUCUGCGUUCCAAAGUAUUACAAAUUUCAAAUACGUUCCAGUUCAAAUACCAAUCUGGGACGUCCUAUUCCGUAAUAAUAAUAGUCAUGGUAAUAUGGUGACACAUAUGGUCACAUGGUAAUACGGGUUACAGACACUUCAGGUCGCGUUUUUUCAGGUUACGUACGCUCCAAAACCCGGAAGUACCGGAACGGGUUACUUCCAGGUUUUGGAGGUCGCACAUGUGCAGAAGUGCUAAAUUGCGCUUUGUGCAUGUGCAGAAGGACUGAAUCGCAACCCGCUGCGGGUUGCAAACAUGCAUCUUGCAUGGAUCACGUUCGCAACCCGAGCAUCCACUCUAAUAUUCUGACUUGCAGUUGCCCCAGCCGCUCUGGGAAGCUUCCAUUAAAAAAAAUAACACCUUGCCUAUACAGGGAUGUCUUCUGAAGGUUGUAUAGCUACUUAUUUCCUUGGCUUGGGGGAUGCACAACUCCAUGCCCUUCAAUAUUUAUCCCAUGAAAAUAGGGACAUUCUGUUCCAUAAUAAUAAGAGAAAUAAUAAUUUUAUUACCUAUAUCCUGCCCAUCUGACUGAGUUGCCCCAGCUGCUCUGGGCGGCUUCCAAAAUGUGUGUGGGGUGGGAAACUAUAAUAAAACAUUAGACAUUUUAAAACUUCCCUAUACAAGGUUGUCCUCAAAUGUAUUCUAAAGGUUAUUUAGUUACUUUUCUCCUUGUCUUGGGACAGGAGUCGCAUAACUCCAUAGCCUCUAACAUUCCUCCGAUCAAAAUAGGGGCAUCCUAAGGAAAACUGGGACAUUCCGGGAUCAAAUCAGAAACCAGAAUGGCUUCUGUAAAUCCAGGACUGUUGCUGGAAAAUAGGGGCAAUUGGAGGGUCUGGAGGUGGGGUUGAAAGGUGGGAUCCCUAGCCCCAAAUGAAUAAAUGAUAAUUUGCAGUGCUUCCUUCCCCCUUUGUAGUUUUAGGUUAUGAACCUCCGUGAGACAUAUGGAUGAAGGGCACUGUACAAAUUUAGUAAAUAAUAAUAAUUGACAAGUUGCCUAAUAGAAACUGUUCUCUGGGCAGCAGUAAAACGGCUAGCACUUUUGCAAAACUAAGCAGGAUCCUGCAUGGUUUCAGGUAGGAAGGGGGAAUUCCCCAUGUGUUGAGAUUCCUGCUUCACAGGGGGUUGGACUAGGUGACCCUCAGAGUCCCUUCCAAUUCUGUGAUUUUAGGAUUCUCUGUUUAGUAAACCGGAAAGGAGGAGGAAGAAGAAAAUUGUAAAUUAAUCACAUCCAGCCAGCAGUGGCACAAGAAUAAAAUUAGUUGUGGACAGGCACAAAUCAAUCUCCAGCAACUGAUCUAGUUAGCAUAACAAGAACCUGCUAAUGAUAAGCCAAAACUGGCCAGGUUGCUGUAGUUUUGCAGAGACUGUAAUAAAAUACUGCUGAUAACAAAAUAGGUAUUUUUAAAGGCCUGGGAGAAUAAUAAAUCCCUGCCUGGUGCUGAUAGGAGCCGAAGUAAGCCUUUCCAGGGAGAAUAUUCUAUAGGUGGGGGCACUGCAAAAAAGGCCAUCCCGCUUGUAACUUGUCAUCUAGGUUCUUUAUGAGGGGACCUUUGGAGAAAGGCCAGUUGAUGGACUUGUGGGGGGUGGGCCAGGCUGUCCACAGGAGAGGGUGAGGACCCAGGGAAAAUUGCACUAGUUGCAGGGGUCUCCAGAGCACCUGCUUCUGCCCCUCCUCUUAAUGGCACACCCCUCUUUACUUCAAAUUGUUCUGUUGCAGCUUUCUCUCCAAGGAAGUGGUGAGUCCUUUUUCAGGGCAAGACAUUCUGGAUGAAGUGGUUCAGGGGAAGGACUCCUUGAGAGCAAGGGGAAGUGAGUGCCACUGCAGCCUCUGCAUUACUAGUAGGAAAACAAAAGUAAACCAGGGACAGGUGUGCAGUGCAUUGCCCUGACCGUUGAGGUACCAUGGAGUCAGCAUUGGAUAUGGGAGUUUAGAUACUCUGUGCUCUCAUAAACUUCCACAGCUGCCUCUCCUUUUUUAAACCAUAUCCACUUAACCAAACUUGCUGGACUGGAGAAUCCCUAAUUUCCACAGAUAAGUCUCAUUGGGACUAAUAUGAGGAGCUGCUUGCAUGUUAAGUUAUCCAUUGGCUGGUGGGGUGGUCCAGAAAUAAUUGUGCAUUUUUUAAACAUAGCAGACCAAGGUCUCUAUAAUUUUAGCAAUUAAUACCAGCGCAUUGAGUUGGAAAUGUUAUUGUUUCAUUUAUGCAUUGCAGGUUUCUAAUGAAACUUAGUCAUGAAACUGUAACCAUAGAACUGAAGAACGGGACCCAAGUACAUGGAACUAUCACAGGUAUGGUAUUUGGGAUAUCUUGAAUGUUAGAUUCCUUUUGUGAAACAUUAGGCAGUUCUAGUCUUUCAUUUAAAUGUUUGAUUAGUCCACCUUUCUCAAGAAAUUCCAAUAUGCUUAGGUGCACCAUCCCAUCUUCUUCCCCAAAAUCUGUGAAUCAGGUUAGGUUAAUGAAGGCUACUCCACUGAGUUUCAUAGCACAGCAGAGGGGAGGUUUUUCCUUAUUGAAAUCCAGUGCAUUGAAAAUAUAUCACACUGGCUCUCAGAGUAUGCAUUUUUGCUCGGCUAUAAUGCUUGCAUAGCUGGUGUUAAAUAGAGCUAAGUGAUUGGGGAUGAGAGGUGGUUGUUUAAUGACUUGUAACUUGCCUAGGUGGAAUCUGUCUGUAUAUACUGACAUCUUCAUUUAUAUCAUCACCAGAAUAAGGGAGAGGGAUAAUGCUUUGAACUAUGAGUGUAUGUGUUAGUUAUAUCUAAGUACUGUUGCAGUAGGCAGAGGUAAUAGUGAAUUACCUCUGCACUGACUGAAUACUAAAAGGGUCCAGUGGUGUAGGCAAUGCAGAUAAAAUGAUUUAAAUAUAAUAGCUUUUUAUGAAUUGUAUUUUUCUUCUGGUUUUGAGUAGCAAUUUUUCUACAGCUGUGCUAUGAUGACUACACAUGUAGGACAUUCAUUUUGCUUUCCCACUGUAAAGCACUUACCGUAUUUUUCGCUCUAUAAGACGCACAUUUUCCCCUCCAAAAAUUAAGGGGAAAUGUGUUUGCGUCUUAUGGAGCAAAUGCGGCUCCUUGGCUUCGGCGAUAGCAACGCAAAGCCUCCGAAGCGCAGUGGGGGCACUCCUGCCGUGCUCCGGAGGCUUCGCGUUGCUUUCGCUGAAGCCUGGAGAGCGAGAGGGGUCUGUGCGCACUGACUCCUCUCACUCUCCAGGCUUCAAAGAUAGCCGCCUGAAGCCUCCGGAGCACGGUGGGAGGUCCCGCUGCGCUCCAGAGGCUUCAGGUUCCUUUCGCUGAAGGGUAGGUGCCCCUUCAGCUAAGGCGCAGCGCCCCUUCAGCUAAGCGGGAGGAUAAAUGGAAGGGGCUCCGUUUCUCCUGCCGCUUCAGUGAAGGGGCGCUGCGCAGAGAGGGGGAGAAUUUUUUUUCUUGUUCUCCCCCUCUAAAACAAGGUGCGUCCUAUAGAGCGAAAAAUACGGUGAUGUCUUUUAGAUGGCAUGGCAAAUGUAGUACAGUACCUUAUACUACUCUCCAUUUAGAAACUCUGUAAUUAUUAAUAUAAGUCACUUUGAAAACAGUGUAGAGGAAGCUUCCUGUUCUUUAUGUUUCAGGAGUGGAUGUCAGUAUGAAUACACAUCUUAAAGCUGUAAAGAUGACUCUGAAGAACAGAGAACCUGUCCAGCUGGAGACGUUAAGUAUUCGAGGCAACAAUAUUAGGUAUUUCAUUCUGCCAGAUAGUUUGCCUCUGGAUACCUUGCUGGUGGAUGUUGAACCAAAAGUCAAAUCCAAGAAAAGGGAAGCAGGUUAGUGAUUUGAUUUCAAACCACCAAGAAUGUAUUUGCUGUCUAUACAUGAGCACUUCAGUUUGCCCUUAAUUGCAAUAUGAAUUCUCAUGAGGGGCUUGGGGGUGGUGGCAGUGGCUUGUUGUGCAGGAGGGAGCCAGGAAAGCCUUGUUAGACAAGCAUAUGACUGGAUCUAACCCUGAUCUUUUGUGGCACCAACAAAUCCAGAUGUUACCUGUUUCAUAUUGCCAGGUUUAAAAUUAUUUGGUAGGGAGGGAUAUGAAAAUUUUCAUGUUGAACAAUAGAGUUGUUCAUGUUACACUCAGAAGCCACCAGUUUCCUGUAGGCAAAAUUCUUAAUUCUGUUGCUCUUUAAACAGUGAAAUCUACUGGACGAACUAAUCUGUUCUGGAAUCUAUCCUUGUCCCCAAAAGGAGAUGUGGAAUUUACAGACUUUAUUCCUGCUUAACGUAUUUAUUUGGGCUUUGACAAAAACUGCAGCAGUAACCUGCCUACUUGUAAUGGCGCACACAACACGUAACACAUCUUUUUGACUUCUUUAAUGAAUUGAUUUGUUAUCCAAAGUGGGAAACAGAACAGUAGCUGUAUACCAUUUUGCAACCAAAUUACUAAGAUUACUUCAAUAAAAAGUUAAAACUAAAUGUUUAAAUGAUAGGUGUUUUGAGUCCAAAAUCUGGCAUGACCUUUAUAUACUGCAAUUCCAAGUUUUUGAAGGAAGUUUUUUGUCUUUGUGUUCAGUUGCAGGGAGAGGACGUGGCAGAGGACGUGGGAGAGGCAGAGCACGUGGCAGGGGGAGAGGAGGUCCAAGACGAUAAUUUCUUUAUAGCCACUAAAAAUGUCGGGCAACUUUGGAUAUUUUUUGUACAGGUUUUGUUUCAUUGUCCAUUUUUAAUAAACAAAUGUGGGAAAUGUUGUGUCAGUUAAGGUCAAGUUAUAUACUUCAAUCUUACUGGAAUUUUGAUUAUACAUGCCUUUGUAACCUCUAGUACUGUUCAAUCCAAACUUUAACUUCCUUAAAUUGGUACAUACUAAAAUUUAUUCAAAAUUCCCAUAAAGAUAUGGAAUGU